ACCCAUCCUGUUUGGAGGAAAAGAAAAGAAAAAAUGGAUAGGUACCAGAGGAUGGAGAAGCCAAAAGCAGAGAUCCCAAUAAACGAAAACGAAAUUAGGAUCACAACGCAAGGCUUAAUCAUGAAUUACAUUACCUAUGCCACCACUCUCCUCUUAGAGAAAGGGUCGAGUGAGAUAGUUCUUAAAGCAAUGGGAAGGGCCAUUAACAAGACUGUGAUGAUUGCAGAGCUAAUCAAGAGGAGAAUCGCUGAUCUUCAUCAAAUCACUUCGAUCGGAUCAACCGAUAUAACAGACAUGUGGGAGCCUCUAGAAGAAGGCUUGCUACCCCUCGAGAUUACCCGUCAUGUGUCGAUGAUCACCGUUACAUUAUCGAAGAAGGAGCUGGAUAUCUCCUCCACUGGAUAUCAAGCUCCUCUUCAGGCUGAUCAAGUGAAGCCAAUAAAUGAAUAUGAAGAGGAUGGAGCUCCUGAGACUCCACAAAAGCCGCCACGAGGGAGGGGUCGAGGUGGCCGAGGAAGGGUUAGGGGUAAAGGAAACUAUGGAGUAGGGGAAUAUAAUGGUGGUGAUGGCCGAGGUGUAGGUGGCAAAGGUCGAGCACGAGGAAGAGGGCGUUCUUACAGGGGCCGAGGACGAGGCGAUGCCUAUGGUGGUGGUGGAUACUAUGGCUAUGGUGAAUCAGAUGCUCCCCAAGCCCAAGGUCGUGGGCGUGGCCGUGAGAGGGGAAGAGGUGGCUGUGGCGGCGGCGGUCGUGGUCGAUAUUCAAGGUCGGAUCAGGGGCCGAACCAAGCAAAAGCCGCUUGA